AUGUUUUCGAAAUGUUUAUUUCUUAUAUCGGCCAUUUUCUACCUCACAAAUACUGGAGUUGUGGCCUUAUUUGACCCCCUGCCCAUGGGAUUGGCGGCUGGUGCCGCACUGGGUCUCUACAAAUUUGAUACGCUUAAAGAUAACACCUACUGCCGAUUUGCUGAAUGCUGCAAUGAACGGUCCAUUCCAGCGGAUAUUAAGGGCUUACAACAGGAUUUGGAUGAACAUUUAUUUGGCCAGCACAUUGUCAAGCAACAGUUAAUACCGGCCUUAGAAGCACAUUUCAAAGAAAAGGGGAACUCCAAGAAACCACUGGUGAUUAGUUUUCACGGUACUCCAGGUACGGGUAAGAAUUUCGUUGCGGACAAAAUUGCCCAAAGAAUAUACGAGAAGGGAUCGAAGAGUAAAUUUGUGCGCAAAUAUAUGGGUCGUGGUGACUUCCCUUUGGAAUCGGAUGUCCAUCUGUACAGUGUACUACAAUGUUGA